CGUAGGGGUGUGAACACUUUCCCACACACACACACACACAGUAGUGUUGUUUCUCACCAGAGACAGUUCAGUCCCCCAGCGAGCAGGACAGAAGACGGUCGACCCAUCAGAACAACUGUUACCACCUACAGGAGAACAAGUCAACAAGCGCAGCCAUGGGGAAAGGAUGCAUCACAGUCACCAAGUACUUUCUAUUCCUCUUCAACCUCCUCUUCUUUAUCUUCGGAGCAGUGAUCAUGGGUUUUGGCCUGUGGGUCCUCUUUGAUAACCAGAGCUUCAUUGCUGUUCUACAGGAAUCAUCAGACACAGUGAAAGUGGCGGCCUACAUCCUCAUCGGAGUGGGCUCCUUGUCAAUGGCCAUGGGCUUCUUCGGCUGCUUAGGAGCCAUCUACGAAAUCCGUUGUCUGCUGGGUCUGUACUUCACCUGCCUCCUGCUCAUCCUCAUCGCCCAGGUCACUGCUGGAGUUCUCAUCUACUUCCAAAGAGAUCGGUUGAAAUUUGAGAUGUCCAACAUCAUAAGGGGCAUGAUAAUCAACUACACCGGAGAGAACAGGACCACAGAGCAGACCUGGGACUACAUCCAGAAGACGAUGAAGUGCUGUGGAUGGACUGGUCCAGGCAACUGGUCAGAGAACCAUUCGAUCAAGAACAGCUCCCAGAACCUCUACUCAUGUUCCUGUCGCAACGAGUCCCUGCCCGGCACGGACCUCAGGUCCGUAGGCCUGUGUGAGCAUCUGUCCACAGAAGCACCCGUCUAUGAAACGGGCUGUGUGAUCAGCGUGGAGAAAUGGCUCCUGGACAACUGUGGAGUUAUUCUGGGAAUCCUUGUCGGUAUAGCAGUCAUAGAGCUCCUCGGGAUGAUCCUCUCCAUGUGUCUGUGCAAGAGUGUCGUCGUGGAGGAUUAUACCAAAGUACCGAAGUACUGAGCUGAAGACAGAGCCAGCUUCACACCACACACACACAGAUGGAUGGACUCUCUCUCUCUCUCUCUCUCUCUCUCUCUCUCUCUCUCUCUCUCUCUCUCUGCUCUCUGCUCUCUGCUCUCUCUCCUCUCUCUCUCUCUCUCUCUCUCUCUCUCUCUCUCUCUCUCUCUCUGUCUCUCUCAUUCUCAUGAACACACUCACAAAUUAUGACAGCUGUCUCCACCAUUUGAGUUCCUCCUGCCGUGACAGCUGUGCAGAUUUCUCACGCCCCAUAUGUCCCACACACAUCUUUCAAUCAAGCUUUGACACACUUGUUGGACGUACGUCCAACAAGUUACCAUUGUUGUCUUAUCACUUUGUGUUUUUUUAAGGAGACAUUUAUCAUGUGUUGGUAAUGUUUUUUGGUGGAAGCCUGAGAAUUUUGCGGUUUGAUACUAUGCAAAUGUUCAUUUAUGUGUUGUUUUUCCUUGGCUGACCUCAAUGAAGCGCUUAACAUAGUUAGCAGAGAGAGCACUUUAGUGACAUUUUGGUGAGCUGAGAGCAUCUUCUGACUGCGGGGCAUGGAGAUGAGAGGGAGACGGGCGGGUGCGGGUGGGUGCAUGGUCGACGCGCUCGAGGAUUAAUGCCACUUUGUGAUCCUGCAGCUGGUAUUUUUGGUGCGGAGGGUGGAGGAGAGGCCCAGGGCUGAGCCGGGGCAGGGCUGCUGUGGUGGAGGUUUUGGCUUCUGUCAUCAGCUCCUCGUACCCAGUAGCCCUGAUAUUAACCUUCGUUUACACCCACCGCCACCGCCGCCUCCUCCCUCCAGCUACCCACCAUCAAAAUCACGUCUUUGUCCUCCUCUCGGGUGUGUCUGACUGGUAACCAGUAGCUUUCCAAAAUGACUAGUUUUGCAUGAAGUAAGUGUGCGUGUGAUGUGUCAAGUGAGUAUUUUAUUUCUUAUUUUAUAUUCUCAUGUCAUCUCUGUUUUUGUUACAACUGUGUAUAUAUAUGACUGGUAAGGUAUUACAGCACUCGAGUGCUUAGUCAGCGUUUUGUAUGGGAAAGCUGUCGCCCACGUGCUCUUGUUUUAAGAGUCCUAUUGUUCUUUGUUUCCUCUCUAUUGUUUAUGAUGUACAGAAUGUGGCGGCCACAGCGGCUCGUCAGCACUAUUUUGGUCUGAAUCAGAGAAAUUGGAUCCCUUUGGAGUGAAUCUGUCAUCACUCUUGAAGCUAUAUUUUCAUUUCUUUAGCAUAGCAUGAGUUUGGGUACCAUAGUGCCUCACUUUAACAUCUUUAUUUAAGCUCACACCUGCCUUCAUUUUGAACAAUCUUGUUUUUUUUACCAUCAUAGCCGCAGCUGUGCGACCACAACGUAUUUUCCCUUCUCUGCAUGAUUGUUUGUUUUCUCAAGAAGUCAAUUUCCCUGGGUUUUAUAUUAUCGGUAACAAGAGAAGAGAAAAACGUUGCAGUGAUUGCAUAUUUCAGAGGCCGUUAUGACCAGAAAACCUUCAUCAACUCAUGCUGUCUUGGCUAAAGAAAUGUUGCUUUGAGUUUCCUCACGCCACUUCUCGCCAUCUCAGUUCUUCCACCUCAUUUCAAACACACUAUUAUUGCUGAAUUUAUGGUUAAUUUAGUAGAUAGAUUGCACUUUUUAUUAUGGUUUAUGUCUCACAGGAGUCAUUUCUAAUCGUGUUCAUCAUGCUGAAACGACACAAGAGGGCAGAAAGUGUCCAUUUAAAAAAGAUAUUUAAAAACAGUUGUCUGUCAGAAUUACAGCCGAUCUGUUUUAUGACCUGCCAAAUUGAAACAUUAAUUUAUCUUAAGGAGAGAUGAAGGCUUUUUAUUGUGUGUUUAAGAUAUUUUUACACUUUUACAAAAAAAAUAAUGAUUUUGUUUAGCAGAAGAAAUAGAGUAAGCCAUGUUUAAAAUCAAAUGUUGUCUUUUUUACUAUUGAGAACUAUUAAUAAACCUGAACCCACUAGAAUCCAGUG